CUGGCGAGAGAGUACAAUCGGACUCAGUCAUCCACUUCGAAGGGCUUGACAUGGAGUCCAUUCCGGCGAUGGCGACACAUGCGUAAUAUAAAACCACCGUCCCAAGACCGACUCAUUUCCGUUGUCAACAAUGCAUUUCCACCUCGCAUGGAGCUUGAAGUAUUGGUUUGUGAUAUCAUGCUUGAUCAUGCAGAGAUACAAAAAGUGAAGCUCGGCGAUAUUGAACAGUUCUGGCAAGUGAAGCCCACAAACGCUAUCGUCCGCUGGAUCCAUGCACCUCUUGGCCAAGGCCUUCUACAUUCAUCCAUCGAGGACAUGUUUCUUCAUUCCAAAGCACGUGGAAAGCCUUUCAGAAAUGCCGGUAUCGCGGGAUUUCCUUACCUGGAGAUCGACAGCGUCCACUUCCGGGAACGAGACGACAUUCUUCAUCUACAUGAUGUCUAUCAGACGCUUCGUGGUCAUGAACUUCUGAACAAUUAUCUCGACGAAAUGUGUCUUUCUGGAGAUCGCAAUGCAAGCUUGGAUCACGAUCUGGCUUGGCGUGAGAAGAUAAUGGGUCGAAAGAGGUCAUUCUGGGGCCUUGCACUGCCAGAUAUCCCAUUUGAGCCCUCUGAGGGCUUGACAUUCCAAGGUCCGCUUCGUAUCGCCAUUCCAGCGGAGAGCGCGUUUGAUCGGUCGUCGAUCGGUUCGCGGAAAGACCAAUUCGACGGCGCCAAACUAGUGGUAGCCCCUUUCCGAUGUUUCCACCGAGCGGAUGGAGUGUUGCUCACCAUGUCUGCUGCCACCGGCAUCGAUCAACUCCAUCGUGACUUCCCAACGGAUUUGCGUGAGAGCCGCAAAAUUCGCAUGACCAACCGCAAAGCUUCGGUCAUCGGAAAUGUUCUCGCCGACUUGGAGCAACAUGGCGCUUCUGGAUGGCGCGAUAAGAAUGUAGAAUGGUUUCUUAUAUAUCUCAUCACUGAAAUCGGCGUCGCACCGCAAAAUUCCGUCGGAGGCCGUUCCGCGAUGUCGUUGCUCUCGACUUUACAGAGUACCCUUGUUGACUUAAAACGAGAGCGGUAUGGUCGAUGGGAGCGGCAGAAGACAAUACGACUCGUACAAGACCAUCUGAUCUGUCUCGAUGACCUCAAAUUGCUCCAAGUAUCUUAUGUACGCAAGCUUGAGCUCUUCCAAAGACUUGAAACAGACAUCGGGACGUUGGUCGAAGCCGACUAUAUAUCUGCAAAUGCCCACGACAACAAUCAAUCAGCCAACGAACGUGUGAAGUGGGCCAUCAAAGUCGUUUCCGAGGACAAGCGAUACGUCGACCAUAUGCUCGAAGAUCUCACCGCUUCAUUGAACGCCCUCUUCCAUCUAAGAUCAAUCGAACAAAAUGAGCUGGCGAUGGUCACGGACGACCAGAAUCGAGCGUUAUACCUAUUCACCGGCAUCACGAUCGUCUUCCUACCUUUGUCUUUCUUCACAUCUUACUUCGGCAUGAACAUCGCAGAUAUCCGAGAAACGGACAUGGAGCAAGGCGGUUUCUGGAAAUUCUGUGGCGCGAUCACUGCCGCGUUGAUUCUGCUGGUC